UACCGAGUGGCUCAGAGCUCAGAAGCGGAACUGCGCGUGCGCGGCCGGCAGCCAUAGUUCGUAGAGGUCCUGCUGUUCUGUAAGGUUCGUUUUCGCUGCCGUGGGCGUCCGGCCUGGCCUGGUACCAGGUAUAGCCCGCCGGCCACCAAGGGCCCGCUGGGGUUCUAAGGAAGUGGCUCUGCUCCUGCGCAGUCCUGGCUCUCCGGCCUCCCUGAAUGGUCCAGAACCGCGGGACCUCCCCUAGCCGGACUUCGUUCGCCUGGAGCCUCCCGCCGCCGUUGCCGGCUCUUUUCCGCCGCUUCGGACUCGGAGGCCGGCGCUGUGAAGCGCCUGCUCUGACAGCCUCGGUUCAGUACUCCCGCGCCCGCCGGGCGGCUGCUUUCUACACGGCCGGGGUCGGGACGGCCAGGUCCCAGGUGUGGCUCAGGAAGAACUGAUCCAGUCUAGGCAGCUGGGAAUCUAGGUCUACCAUCUUACACAUCUGUAAACUGAAAGUAAGGAUUUCAACUGCUGAUUGGCUUUAUAGACAAAACAUUAUUCAUCUGCCUCCAGACAGCCUAGUGGCCUUGCUUCUACUCCCAUCCCUCUUGCCUUAACUGUCUUUUUGGGCUCAGAGAGGACUUAGACUUGCAGAGACUGGAGCCAGGAAAUGGACUCAGUGGUGUUUGAGGAUGUGACUGUGGACUUUACCCAGGAAGAGUGGGCUUUGCUGGAUUUUUCUCAGAGGAAACUCUACAGAGAUGUGAUGAUGGAAACCUUCAGGAACCUGGCCUUGGUUGUUUCUCAACAGGUUGGUAAUGGACAAAUGAUGUCCAGUGAACAUUUAAUAAUGCGAUUCAUGAAGAGUAAUUCCUGGUACAGCAGGUUAGGAGAAACCUGUGAAUUCUGUGGCAUUGAAGAGCAGCAUAACAAUCAGGGAAGGCAUGUCAGAAGGCAUACAGUUGAGAUCCUCUGUGAAAGUAAAGAAGGGAAAGUAAGGAAGAGGAAAGACAAUAAUCAGUGUGGAAAACCUGUCAUCAAGACUGAAUAUCUUACCAAAAGAGAUCCUGUUAGAGAAAAUCCUUCUGAAUCCCAUGAGUGUGGAAAAGCUUUCUUGAAUUAUUCUUCAUUUAAACAUCAUGUCAUUUCUCACGCUGGAUGCAAUAUCUGUCAAUAUAAGGAGUGUAGAGGAGUUUGCAGUUGUUUCUGUCACUUAAGCACACAUGUGGAAACUCUUACUGGAAAGAAAAUUUAUAAAUGUAAGGAAUGUGGUAUCACCUGUAGUGCUUCAUCGCUCAUUACACAUAUAAGAACUCACAGUGGAGAGAGGCCAUCUGAAUAUAAAGAAUGUGCAGAAGCCUUUAGGCAGUCCUCACAGCUGAUCAGCUAUAUAAAAACUCAUGGUACAGAGCAGCCUUACAGUUGUAAGGAAUGUGGGAAAUCAUUUUGUCAUUUCUCAAGUCUCACUAAUCAUAUAAAAACUCACUGUGCAGGGCGGCGAUAUGAAUGUAAGGAAUGUGGUAAAGCAUUUAACAGGUCCUCACACUUAAGUAGACAUGUAAGAACUCACAGUGGAGAGAGGCCUUACAAAUGUAAGGAAUGUGGAAAAGCCUUUAGCCAUUCCUCCAACCUGAGGAUUCAUAUAAGGACUCAUAGUGGAGAGCGGCCUUAUGAAUGUAAGGAAUGUGGGAAAACCUUUAGCCAGUCCUCUAAGCUGACUGACCAUUUAAGAACUCACAGUGGAGAGAGGCCUUACAAAUGUAAGGAAUGUGGAAAAGCCUUUAGCCAUUCCUCCAACCUAAGGAUCCAUAUAAGAACUCACAGUGGAGAGCGGCCUUAUGAAUGUAAGGAAUGUGGAAAAGCCUUUAGCCAGUCGUCACACCUCACUAACCAUAUAAGAACUCACAGAGAAGAGAGGCCUUAUGAUUGUAAAGUAUGUGGUAAAACUUUUAGUUGUGACUCAUCCCUCACUAGACAUAUAAAAACUCACAGUGGACAGAAGCCUUAUGAAUGUAAUGAAUGUGGAAAAACCUUUAGCAGUUCCUCAAAGCUGAUUCUGCAUAUAAGAACUCACAGUGGAGAACGGCCUUAUGAAUGUAAGGAAUGUGGGAAAACCUUUAGCCAGUCAUCAAAGCUGACUGACCAUAUAAGAACUCACAGUGGAGAGAGGCCUUAUGAAUGUAAGGAAUGUGGGAAAGCCUUUAGCCAUUCUUCCAACCUGAGGAUCCAUAUGAGAACUCACAGUGGAGAGCGGCCUUACGAAUGUAAAGAAUGUGGGAAAGCCUUUAUCCAGUCCUCACACCUCACUAACCAUAUAAGAACUCACAGAGGAGAGAGGCCUUAUGAAUGUAAAGUAUGUUGGAAAGCUUUUAGUUAUGACUCAUCUCUCACUACACAUAUAAAAACACACAGUGGAGAGAAGCAUUAUGAAUGUAAAGAAUGUGGAAAGGCCUUUAGCAGUUCCUCAAAGCUGAUUGUCCAUAUAAGAACUCACAGUGGAGAGCGGCCUUAUGAAUGUAAGGAAUGUGGAAAAGCCUUUGGCAGUUCCUCAAAGCUGACUAAUCAUGUAAGAACUCACAGUGGAGAGAGACCUUACAAAUGUAACGAAUGUGGAAAGACUUUCAGCAAUUCCUCUAACCUGAGGAUUCAUAUGAGAACUCAUAGUGGAGAGCGGCCUUAUGAAUGUAAGGAAUGUGGAAAAGCCUUUAUCCAGUCCUCACACCUCAUUAACCAUAUAAGAACUCACAGAGGAGAGAGGCCUUUUGAAUGUAAGGUAUGUGGGAAAACUUUUGGUUCAGACUCAUCCCUUAAUGCACAUAUAAAAACUCACAGUGGUGUGAGGCCUUAUGAAUGUAAGGAAUGUGGAAAAGCCUUUAGCAGUUCCUCAAAGCUCAUUCUCCAUAUAAGAACUCACAGUGGAGAGCGGCCUUAUGAAUGUAAGGAAUGUGGUAAAGCAUUUAGCCAGUCCUCAAAGCUGACUAACCAUAUAAGAAUUCACAGUGGAGAAAGGCCUUAUGAUUGUAAGGAAUGUGGAAAAGCCUUUAGCCAUUCCUCCAAUUUGAGGAUCCAUAUAAGAACUCACAGUGGAGAGCGCCCUUAUGAAUGUAAGGAAUGUGGGAAAGCCUUUAGCCAGUCGUCACACCUCACUAACCAUAGAAGAACUCACAAAGGAGAGAGGCCAUAUGAAUGUAAAGAGUGUGGGAAAACUUUUACUUCUGACUCAUCCCUUAAUGCACAUAUAAAAACUCACAGUGGAGUGAGGCCUUAUGAAUGUAAGGAAUGUGGGAAAGCCUUUAACCGGUCCUCACACCUCACUGAACAUAAAAGAACUCACAGUGGAGAGAGGCCAUAUGAAUGUAAGGAGUGUGGAAAAGCCUUUAGCCAGUCCUCACAGCUGAAGAGCCAUAUCAGAACUCACAGUGGAGAACGGCCUUAUGAAUGUAAGGAAUGUGGGAAGGCAUUUAGCCGGUGCUCAUACCUCACUGUACAUAUAAGAACUCACAGUGGAGAGAGACCUUAUGAAUGUAAGGAAUGUGGGAAAGCAUUUAGUUGUGAUUCAUCCCUCACCACACACAUAAGAACUCACAGUGGAGAGCGGCCUUUUGAAUGUAAGGAAUGUGGGAAAGCCUUCAGUCAAGCCUCACAGCUCACUAAACAUACAAGAACUCACAGUGGAGAGAGGCCUUAUGAAUGUAAGGAAUGUGGGAAAGUCUUUACUUGUUCUUCAUAUCUCACUGCACAUAUAAGAACUCAUAGUGGAGAGAGGCCUUAUGAAUGUAAGCAAUGUGGGAAAGCCUUCACUCGAUCCCUAUCUCUCACUCACCAUAUAAGAACUCACAGUGGAGAGAGACCUUAUGAAUGUAAAGAAUGUGGGAAAACUUUCAGCCAGGCCUCACAUCUCACCAAACAUAUUAGAACUCACAGUGGUGAGAAGCCUUAUGAAUGUAAGGAUUGUGGGAAAGCCUUCAGCCAGGCCUCACAUCUUACUAAACAUAUUAGAACUCACAGUGGAGAGAGGCCUCAUGAGUGUAAGCAAUGUGGGAAAGCGUUCAUCCAGGCUGCACAUCUCACGAAGCAUAUAAGAACUCACAGUGGUGAAAGCCCUUAGGAAUGUAAGGAAUGUGGGAAAGCCUUUGGUUUCUAUACCACACCCUCUAAGAAGUCAAACAGUGGAGAGAGGCCUUAUGAAUGUAAGGAAUGUGGAAAAGUAUUCCUCAUACCCCAAUAAACAUAAGUACAGCAGACAGAGUCUGUAUGAAUGUAAGAAAAUAAGGCACGCUUGCAGUUCUUGAUUUGAAAACGUGUGAAAGUAUACUGAGGAGAAAUUGAUUAUACUGUGACAGGUCCUAUGAAUAUAGAGUAUAAGGGAAACCUUCAGUAUGUAUAUUUUAGGACUUCUAUGAGACCUCUUACACUGGAGAGACACUGCAACUGUAAGCAAAAAACUUCAGUUGUAGCGAAUGACGGGACUUCCAUCAAAAUUUUAUUUUGGUUCCAUUAUGCAAAAAUUGUCUAUUACAAAAUCUCAUCAACCCUUGAUGUCUUCAACUUUGUGGGUUUUUUAAAACCAAAUAUGUUUCAAGUUUUUAUGUUUUUAUCAUAUUUAUAAAGCACUAUAUUCUUAUUGUAGAAAAAUUUGAUUUUAAUAGAAAAUAAAAAUAAAAACCACAAU